CUGCUAUCGCGGGCGAGCUCCUCUAGAGCGUGUGUGCGAGCUAGUAUGUGUGAGCGUGUGUGUGUGUCUGCUCUGCUGUUGCUGCCCUCUGAUCCCUGCAUUAGUGUUAGUUAGGGGCUCGGAGACACACUUACACAGAGAGCAGCCAUAGUCAAGACACGGCAACAACAACAGCACAGAACCCUCCUCCUCCUGUGGUCCUAUACCCAACAAUACACUUUAAACCGCGAGGACAAGACAGGUAUACAGUCCCUGCCAUCACUCUCGCCUACAAUCUCAAUGGGGAAAAACCUUUUUUCUUCUUAUCCCUAAAACAAGGAGGAGAAUGUGACAAAAAGGGGGAAAAUGCCAAGGAGGAAGCAGGAGCAACCCAAACGCCUGCCUUCACAUGUGGACAGCGUCGAGGAGAGUGGGCCCGACGGGGGCUGCUGUCCCGUGGAGGACGACGGCGGCGUUGGCGGGGGUGGCUGGUACGGGAACGCCUCCGACACGCGCUCCGAGUCGUCGUACAGCGGUGACAUCCAUGACGACCAUGAGCUGUUCCUCCCCGGGGGCUCCUCCCCCACCCCCUCCCCAGACCGACCUCCGGAACACCCCGACACCUCGACCGAGAGCUCCCUGGGGGGCUGCCCUACGCCUGUCCACAACCACCACCACCGGGCCUCCCUUGAACUCCUGAGCCUAGGGGUGGACGGAGGGGUGUUCUCUGCCCAAGAUACCCUUUCCUCCGUGGUAUCCUCGCUCUAUGGAGAGGCUGCCUCCGAGGCCCUGGGGAAACCCCUGAGUAGUAACCUGCGGCGCCUCCUAGAGGCUGGGUCGUUGAAGCUGGAUGGGGAACUUCUGGGGAGAGUGAGAGGAGGGGGAGGAGAGUCGCCCCCUAUAGGCUUAGCUCCAGCCCUGACCCUUUCCCCCUCCUCCCAUCAUGCUCAGCAGCUAAGUGCCCUCGCCCGAAAACUGGCGGCCAAUAACAACAACAACAACAGCGGAGGCUCCGCCUCAGCCUCGCCUGCCUCUGUUGCCAUGUCGACCACUGCCAUCAAGCAGGAGCCCUGCGACCCCUUCGCCUCGGUGGUAGCCCCGAGCAACGGCGCUGGCUUCGUGUGGGUGGGAGUGGCAGGUGACGGGAAGUGGCCCCCGGCGGGUUGCUCCGCCUCCAGCGGCGGGUCCAGCCUAUCACCGGACUCGGCCAUCCAGAAGCUGAAAGCGGCAGCCAACGCGGUUUUACAGGACAAGAAUGCCACCAUAGUGGCCUCGUCUACUUCCUCUUCAUCAUCCUCCUGCUCUACCGUACCCACCCUGGGAGGAGGGAACCGGGGAGGAACAGACGACUCGGUACGCUUCGAUGCCUUCACCUCCCCCUUCAGCCCUCAGUCGGCCAGCUCCACGCUAGCCGCCCUGUCCAAGAAGGUGAGCGAGCGCUCCCAGACCACCUCCACCCCCUCAUCAUCAGACCACCAACACCAACCCUCCACCGGCUCCUCCUUCCUCUCCCUGGUCUCUAUGACUUCCUCGGCUGCGCUCCUCAAGGAGGUGGCAGCCCGGGCGGCAGGGAACCUCCUUGCUGAUAAGAUGGAGGCCACAGCAGGAGGAGGGGCCAUCCAGGAGGACAUCAAGCCCCUGCUGGACAGGAACCAGAAGGCAGGGACCCCCACAGGGCCCCAGAGUGCCAUGGACCUGCUGCUGCCCUCCACCCCUAAGGGAAGGGCCAAACCCAGCAGCCAAGCAGGUUCCCCGGGGGAGGACGGAGGGAAGCCAUUCCAGUGUCCGGUGUGUGGCCUGGUCAUCAAGAGGAAGAGCUACUGGAAGAGACACAUGGUGAUCCACACCGGCCUGAAGAGUCACCAGUGCCCCCUGUGCCCCUUCCGCUGCGCCCGCAAAGACAAUCUCAAGUCCCACAUGAAGGUCCACCAGCAUCAGGACCGGGGCGAGACGUUCCAGUGCGAACUUUGCCCUUUCACCUCCUCGCGCCACUUCAGCCUCAAGCUCCACAUGCGCUGCCACCAGCACUUCCCCCGCUCCGGGUCCUCCGACGGGGUCAAGGUCAAGGAAGAGGCCACCACGGACACGGAGGGCGAGGGGUCACUCCUGGGCGAUUUCAACCCCGGGGAAUCCCCUCUCCAGUCGGACGCAGGGAACCAGAGCUCCCCUGGAGUCUCCAACCACCACGUCUAUAUAAAAGAAGAGCCCCAGGAGAGGGAGCUGUCGGUGCUGUCGCCCUUCACCCUUUGCAGGGACAGGGAGCGGGAGCGGCCUGGUAGCAGUGGCAACUCCCUGGACCUCUCUAUGGGGGGAGUCGGCUUGGGGGUGGGGGUGCGGUCCAGUCCUGGUGGAGGUCCAACGGCAGCGUCCCUCUUCAGCCCGGACAUCACCACCAAGACAGCCACCGACCUGCUCAUGAAGCUCUCAGCGGCCAACCAGAAGGAAGCCCUGAAGGCUCCACAGUCCUUCCAUCUGAAGCAGGAACCCCGGGCAGAGGAAGAUGAGGAAGAGGUGCGGAGGAGCCCCCGGAGCCAGCCCAGCUACUCCUCCUUCUACCAGGAGCAGGGCGCGGCGCUGGGGGCCACAGGGCCAGCAGAGGUCACAGCAGACAGUGGGGGCCACAGGGGGACCCUGAAGGGACGCGAGGGAAGCCCCAUGGGGAACAAGAACAGUCUCCUCAGCCAGGACAUCAACUUCAAGGUGGCGUCGGAGCUGCUGAUGAAGCUAUCAGAAAGCAACAAGGACGCGGCCCACUACCAGAAGGUGACGGUGAAGGCGGAGCCUAUGGAGGUGGACCCGGCCAGUGGCCCGGCCCCGCCCCCUACUCACCUGCUGGCCUUCAGCACUUUAGGGGUGUGUGAGAAGAGCGAGCCAAUGACCAGCCUCCCUGAAGCGUUGUCACGCCCCCAGAAGCAAGACCUCUUCUCCCAGGACAUAUCAGUGAAAAUGGCCUCCGAGCUCCUCUUCCAACUCUCAGAAAAAGUCAGCAAAGCCAAUGACCACAAAGAUGGCAACAUGGUGGGCAUAAGCAGCCCCUUCCUGGACGAGCGUUUCGGACAAUCCCCCUUCAGCCAGCGCUCCAAGUCUUCCUCCCCCGCAGAGGCCAGCUCCUCUGCUAGGACAGCCCUCCACGACCCAGAGAAGGACACUGGAGAGCCGGGGGGGAACGGGAUGUCCCAGGGGAUACUGAGCAGUCAGCAGCUCCACCCCUGUCCUGUCUGUGGCAAGGUGUUUGGCAGACAACAGACCCUGUCCAGACACCUGUCUCUACACACAGAGGAGCGGAAGUAUACGUGUCACCUGUGUCCUUAUGCAGCCAAGUGCAGAGCCAACCUCAACCAGCACCUGACCAUCCACUCUGUCAAGCUGGUCAGCACCGACGCAGAGCAGAUGGUCAGAGCCGUCGCCAGCGCUGAGGGACGAGACGGGAAGACCUUCCCCUAUUACUACAGCUGCCAUGCGUGUGGUUUCCAGACGGGGCUGAAUGCCCAGUUCGUCAGCCACAUGUCUCUCCACGUGGACAAGGAGCAGUGGAUGUUCGCUCUGUGCUGCAGCGCCUGUGACUACGUCUGUGUGGAGGAGAGUGACAUGAAGUCCCACGUCAGUCACGGACACACAGGUCUGAACUCGCGGAGCCCACUCAGUGAGACUAAGAGCACCUCCUCCUCCCUGUCGGCCCUCAGCGAUUCACUGAACAGCUCAGAGGGUGGAGAACUUACCCAUGCCAAUGAGGAGCUCAAGAACCUGCUGGCCCCUCCCUCCUCUGCAGGCAGCCAAUCCAGCUCCAGCAGCCACUCGGGAUCAGGAACUGAAGAGAAGUCUGAGAAAGGCUUCGAGUGCGUCUUCUGCAACUUUGUGUGCAAGACGCGGACCAUGUACGAGCGCCACCUCCAGAUCCACCUGAUCACGCGCAUGUUCGAGUGCGACGUGUGCCACAAGUUCCUGAAGACGCCCGAGCAGCUGCUGGAGCACAAGAAGUGCCACACCGUCCCCACCGGAGGGCUCAAGGUUUGUGAAGCGCUUUGGGGCCCAGAGCAGAUGAAUGGUGCUAUUUAAAUGUGCCCCGUCUGCAUUUAUUCCACCAAUCGACCGGCGGCCAUGGAGUGCCACCUAAAGACCCAUUACAAGAUGGAGUACAAGUGUCGCAUCUGCCAGUCGGUGUGGUGCGACCAGCCCGCGCUGGAGAGGCACGUGCGCGAGCAUCGCCUCGGCAACCACUACAAGUGUGAGCAGUGCGGCUACCUGUCCAAGACGGCCAACAAGCUGAUCGAACACGUGCGCGUGCACACGGGCGAGCGGCCCUUCCACUGUGACCGCUGCGGCUACAGCUGCAAGCGCAAGGACAACCUGAACCUGCACAAGAAGCUGAAGCACGCCCCGCGCCAGACCUUCGGCUGCACGGAGUGCCCCUUCACCACCACCCACCCCUUCAUCUUCAGCCGCCACCUCAAGAAGCACCAGGGUGGAGGGGAAGGGGAGGAGGCCGGCGAGGAGGAGUUCCAGGCCCAGCUAGGGGGCUCUCUGGUGGGGUCUCUGCGGGGCGGGGAGCCUUUCCUCCUGGGGGUAGGUGGAGGUGGGAGUAGCGGGGGGAGCGGUAGCAGCAGCCCCCUCAUGAUUCUCUCUGCCUCCCAGGCCCUGCAGUCUGUCGCCCUGUCACUCAUCACAGGGAAACAACACCACCGUCAACAGGAACUCCCGCCCCCAGCCCAGCGUUAUCUGACCACAACCAAUGGAGGAGGCCCCUCCCUCUUCUUCCCCUCCCCACGCCACGUCUACGAGCAGUUGGGAAACUACGAGCGGGCGCACCUGAUCCCCCUCACAACCCUGUUCACCCACCGCCACCGCCACCGCUCCACAUUCCACUCGCCCCUCUCCAGACUCCAGAGGCCGCCCUCCUCCUCCCCCAUUUUCCUCUCCUCCACCGCCUCCUCCCCCUCUCCUCCCUCGCCCACCUCACUCAAACACUCCUUCCUGGCUUACCUAGGACUGGGACUGACGGAGAGAGCCAAGACUAUGUGACUGUUCUCCUCUCCUCCUUCUCAUCACCAUCUCUUCCCCCUCCCUCUCGUUCCCCUUUCUCUCCAUCCCUCUCUCCCUGGACAGUGGUGUGAAUGAUCGUUAUCCACUGCGAUGGGGAAAACUUUCCAAUCAAGCCAGCUGAAUAAGCUGGACAGAGACAGACAAGUAGUUAUUGUAGACAAUGGAAAAAAUAAAAAAAAUAAAUGAUCAGAGAAAAGGCUGUAUGUGCUAAAAAAUGCAUUUAUAUCAAAAGCUGCUUUUCUUAUCUGUUAUAUCGAUUGAAUUAUUACUCUCUAUCUCUACUUUUUAUUUUCUAAUGUUUGUUUUUGGGACUUUUGAAUGACCAGGACCCAACUGCAUUACCUGUAAAACGGAUCCCUGUUUUCUUUUUGUUUUUGUUAGAAAAGUGGAAAAAGAAGAAGAAACAAAACAAGGUCUCUGACAUUUUUAGUGCAUUUUUGUCUUUUGGCUACUACGCAUCAGAAUAGCAUGCCUGCCUCUUUGUUUCCGCUAGCUUUGAUGCACGUCAUUUAAUAGGGUAUGAUGAACCAAUCCCCAGGUUGUUAAAUUGUGAUGCGCCGCGAACAAGAACCAAUGAAACGGGAACGCUUUUUCUCAAAAGUCUCGUUUCCAAAGCAACGCCUCAAACCACGCACUUAUUGAAUUAUUUAACAAAGGUGUUCUGUACAUAGUUUUGUAGCUUUCAAUCUCCCCCACAACUAAGCUUGGACUUGAUCUGUUUGGUUUUGUGUAAUGGUGAAACCAUAUGCAUAAAUCGCCGACUGAACUCACCUUUGUCUCAGGUGGCGGUCGUCUUGGCAACACAUACACACAGGUGACAUCUUGUACGUUGUUUGACGUUGUGCGGUGGGGUGGCCAGAACAAGUGACAUUCUCUACUCAAGGCCCUUUGCCAAUUCAAACGGUUUUCAAAUCAAUGUAACACACAUUAUAGCCUCAUGCUAUAGUCUUUGCUUUUCCCAACUUAGCCCUUGUGUAACCGUAGCCUAGUCCCAGGUCUGUUUGUGCUGUCGUGACAAUGACCGUAGGAAUUGGCAAGACACCACAAACAGAUCUGGGACCAGAUUAGUUUUACCCCAACAGCCCACAUCAAACGAUCCAUGAGGACACCUGUAACCCCUGAGACCAGGGUCCUAUUCAUUAGGCACCAAACAGAAGAAAAAGGACUGAAUCACCAGAACUUGUCGUUAUGCUACGUUGUGCCCUAAUGAAUACAACCCAGGUGUUGUUCGGUCCAGCAUCGCGUGUAGAACUAUGUAUGGACUGGCGCACCAUUACGUUAGAUAAGCUGUAAGAGAGAACUGUUUUGUGGAGGUGACCAGCUGACGGGGUGUUAAAACCCCCAGCGGCUCCGGUCACCACAGGCCGAUUCAAUGGUGCUUUUUCGAGCUCUUUUGUAAUUUUGUGUAAAAGAAAAAACAGAAAGAAACUGUUCCAAAAUGACUUGAAUGAAUGUAUUUUUCUUUGUUGAUGUACGUGAUGCGAAUGUGAUGCAGAUGUGCGGUGUAGUUGCAGGCAGGGACUGUUGGGUACCGUUGCCUAUAUGACAGAAAGCAAGGGGUUGGUUUUUGUAGGUCGGUGGCCUUCUGUGUCUUUUUAGGUUGUUCAUUCGGUUUUUUCCCCCUCUCUCUUUCUCUUUUUUACUGAGCCUUUUAAACGUAGGACGAUGAGCGUUUUCUACUAACGUGCAUCGCUAUUAUGAAGCCAUUUUGAUGAAGGCUCCGAUAGGUCCAAUGUUGUUGACGAGGAAGCAGCCAUUGGUUUGGUUUUGGUGGUGUCGCUUCUAUCUCAGUGAGAAGACAUGGUACUGCUUUCUUUUCCCCCUUCGCUCCAUCUCUCAGUUGUAAUUGCACUUAGCUUAGUCCCAUUUCAAAACCAAAAGCACUUAGCUAGUUCAUAUUGUUAUAGUGGAAACGUUUGAGCUGUCGGUCCGAUAGGAUGUCACCGGAAACAGACUUAUUACCUUUUUAAGAUGUUUGCUGUGAACAAUCUGAAUCAAAACCGUGAUUUCCUGAUUUUUGUUGUGUAGACAUUUUGUGCGGAGGGUUUUUACCUCUGUAAAAUUGCGGAGCGCAGAUGAACACAAAUUUGCAUGAAUUAGGCAGUCGAGGUAUACUACGCUGGGAGACCCAAAGGGCCCAGGCUAAAUUGUCAAAGCCAAUUUUGCACAGUGCUGCACUUUUUGAACAUGAAACAUGUAUUUAUCUGUACAGACGGAGAUGCUCAACAUGGAGAGUGUACAUGAGACCAGGCAGCAUAAUAAAGGCAUUUCGUUUUUUUUUUUUCAAAAGCAUUACCCAUUUAAUUGACCUUGCUCGCAUUCCCAAGUGGUCUUUAAGCCAAAAUGGUUUCUUAUUUGUAAAGGGAUAUUUUUUUUUUUACCUUAAUUGUUUUGCUUGUUUCUUGUACUUUUCAUUUUCUUGUGAUUUAAUUUUUUUUAUAUAUAUUUUUUUAUUUCUUUGUAAUGACAAAAAAAUUUAGAGAACAAUGCAUUGUUAAGACCAAAUGAAACUUAAAAACGAGGUUGUGAUACUAGGAUUAAAUCCGUCACUUCCUGGUAACGGAGGGGUGUAACAGUUAAAUCUCUCCCCCGUGGUUGGUUUUCUUUUAGUCCCCUUUGACAACAUAGCAAUGUUCAGCAUGCUGUCCGCUGGUCGCUGCUACAUUAUAGGAGUACAAGGAGCCCCCACCCCUGCCACACACACACUCCUAGGUCAGCUCCAGCUCCUUAUCUAUCCUCUAAUAUGUAAUACUCUAGUGCCACUUGGUGGAAGGGAACCGCCUGAGACCACUGAGAAUGAGUCAAACUGAUUUUCAGGGUCCAAAUCUAAAAACAAAAAAUAAGAGGAACAAAAAAAAGAAUGUGCCCGUCUUUUUACGACUGACUGUAUGCCUUUUUUAUAUAUAUAUAUAUAUAGCUACCGCAUAAUCAUUAUGUAAUCAAGAAUGGCUGCAGUUGUUUCUUCUUAUAGAACGGCCCCUUGGUCUGGUUGGUGUGUCUAAGGAGAAGAAAAGGCCGACAGGGAUCGCUUCUCUGUCCUUUCCAAACCCAGUAUUUUUAAGCACUUAUCGUUUGCUUAUACUUGUUUUGUCUAAUUGUAAAGAAGCAGCAGAAGGUGAUUUUUUUUAUUUUUAUGUUAUGUCGGGUGACUACCUUUCUGAGCACUUCGGAGUAUGCAUGACAUCUCUCUAUUUUAUGACUCGACAAGACUCAACUUCUUUUUUGUGUGUUUUCGUUCAUCUUUUUGGCACUCAGUAAAAAUUGGUAUGUGCUGUAUAAAGCUUUCUGAUUAGUUCAUUGUUAAGGCUGUACAGGGUUGUUUGUGACAAUAACUGGUAAAUAGAUCAUUUGUACUUUUUUGGUUUUUGUAUUCGUUGUUUCUUUGUUUUGGCAUUAUUUUAUGUUCAAAAGUUGCCAGAUCUAAAUGUAACAGGAUUUGAAAGUAAAGCUUACAAAAGAUA